AUGAAUUUUGUGGCUUGCUGUCAGUUGAGUGUAUGAACCCCUUACUAGGCAGGAGCCCCCCGCAACAUCCCCCGAUCACAGGGUUAAGUAACAAUUAUGGGCUAAAGGGGCCCUUGCUGAGCAUGCUCAGACUGGAGGAGAGAUUUAAAAGCCAGCCAGGCAGCUCAGUCUGGAGCUGGCAAGCCAGGGAGCAGGAUGUGCCCUGGGAGCUCUCAUGGAAGACUGGAGCGGAGCCAGUAUGGAGCCGGUAUGACCCCAUGACACAGGAAUGGAGAUGUGGCGUGGCCCGCCUGAGCGAAGGCAAACGAGACAUGGGCGUAGCAGAGCUGGGCGGCUAUCUGUACUGUGUAGGAGGCCGUGAUGGGAUGGUACACCUCAGCACUGUGGAAAAGUAUGAUCCUCGUGGGAACAGGUGGUGCAAGAUGGCACCCAUGACCUGCCACCGUACGGGCUUAGGGGUGGCAGUGCUAGACGGCUACCUCUAUGCUAUCGGGGGCUCGGAUGGCCAGUCUCCACUGUAUUCAGCGGAACGUUACAAUCCGGAGGAGGAUGCAUGGUCUUCUUGCCCUCCCUUGGGCACCUACAGAGAGAAUUUUGGCUGUGCUGUGCUUCAAGGGAAAAUCUACGCUGUCGGUGGCCACAAUGACUUCACGGAGCUCUGCAGUGCUGAGUGGUUUGAUCCAGUCACCAAUGAAUGGUCACCGAUGAUGCCCAUGAAAUCAAAGAGGAAUAAGGUGAAAGCUGCUGCAGCCAAUGGAUACCUACUGGCCACCAGGGGUGGGGGGGUGUUUGAUGGUGUCACUCGCGUGACCCCCGUGGAAGCAUUUGACCUGGAUGCCAACAAGUGGAGACCCUUUGGAAAUACCAAGACCAGUCAUCCUGGUGGAGGUGUGGCUGUGCUGAAAAUGACCAUCUAGGAGCUGAGAACUUUCCAACCAUCCUGUACUGCACUGAACACUAAUGAUGAAGUAUGGUUUUGUGGGGUGGUAGUGUAAGCUGGAGAGGAGGAAAGAGCAGCAGCAGCAGAGUGGAUAAGAUGGGAUGGUGCCUUCAAUGAGUUACUUAAUCCUUUUUUGCUUAGGGGAAUUCCAUAAGGCAUGGGGACUGUAAAUGGAGGCUCAAGAUGACCCUGUGCUCUAAAGAGUCCAUGCUUUGAUCAUCAUGCGAGGAUGACCACAGUUUCUUUUGCAAUGUAUCUCCUCAUGUAUGGAGUGUAGCUGUUUGGCUGGAAGAAGAGCCAUGUGGUUAAAGCUCUGGACUUGGUCCUCAAGUUCUGGGCUUGGUUCCCAGCUCUGCCACAAAUUUGUGUGAUCUCGGUCAAGUUACUUCAUUUCUCUUCAGCAUCUGGUAUGUUGAACCCCUGAUCUUGGCAUGGGCCUCUUGGUGCUGCUGUGAUACAGCUAAUAAAUAAUACCGACUGGAGCUCUUCAAGAGCCGCCCCCGCCCACUCUCCUGUUUAAUUUUUAGCAAGGAAAAAUGCCCCCUCAUGCUUUUUAUACAAACAACUAUAUAACAUGCUUGGCUUUAUUAUGGUACAAUGCUAUUCUGAUUCAGCGGAGAGCCAGAUUUUUUUAAAAGCAGGGAGAUGUUUCAGGAACAAAAAACCUAAUGUAUCACUACCACUGUUUGCUAAUAUCUAUCCAUCUCUCUAUACGGGUCCCUGCCGGGUGGGGGCUGCUGGAUAAUGUGUAGCGGGGGGAAGCUAACCUUGCGGUAUUGGCAUAGCAUGGAACUGGUGCUGGGACAGCAGUAGAGGUUAUUUUCCCUGCAGAAAAUCUCUACCUGCUUCACAGUCACUUUCGCGAACGUGAUUAACCUGACUGAAUGCCCCGGGCUGCUGUCCAGGCAUCGAGUAUGACUUUGAGGAAACAAAUCUUCCUCUCUCAGGAGAAAUAUGAGCGUCCUGUCCCCCAUUCUCC